CUCCACCAGUGAGGAGAAAGGACCUGAUGUCUCUUUAAGUCUGGAGUACAAGUUCCCAUCCAGACCCCUCCCACCCGCUUUCCACACAGGCCCCUGACGUCAGGAAGAAGGAGUGUAUGUGAGUGUGAGAGAGAGAGUGAGUGUUCUGGGUGCUGUAUGUCCACACACUCACACACCCCAAAUAUUUUCUAUUCAUCCUCCGCCUGCCAGCUCCCAAGAGAGACGAGGGAGGAGAGGGACCAUCUCAAGUCCGGCUGCUGCCGGAGGACCCCGGCUCCAUCUUCCAAGUGAGUCACCCAAGGUCACUGCCCGAGUCAGGGGCAGAGCCCGGAUCAGAACCCAGGUAUCCCGACGCGGUAGACCACGCGGCUCCUCCGUCUCCUGGAGUGAAGAGGAAGGGGCUGUGUCUGCCCCGCCGGGGCCCGUUCAGGGCAUCUGACUCCCCUUUGGAAAGAGGCCGGCCACGGGGACCGCUUACGGGUCUGAUCCCCGCCGGCAUCUGAAGCCAGCCCGCGUGGCCGCCCCACCCGGGGCCGUGGUCGCCGCCGCCCGCCCGCCCGCCGCACCAUGUCGUCCGAUCCCACGGCCCCUCCGGCGGUCCCGCCGCUCCAUUCCCCCAAGUCCCCCGUGUGGCCCACUUUCCCCUUUCCGCGAGAGGGGAGUCGCGUCUGGGAACGAGGCAGCCUCCUGCUAAGAGACCUGCCCAGUCCUCUGCCCACCAAGAGAACCAGGACGUACUCCGCGACGGCCCGGGCCUCGGCCGGUCCCGUCUUCAAAGGCGUCUGCAAGCAGUUCUCACGCUCCCAAGGCCACGGCUUCAUCACUCCCGAGAACGGCACCGAGGAUAUAUUCGUACACGUUUCCGACAUCGAGGGGGAGUACGUGCCCGUGGAGGGAGACGAGGUGACGUACAAGGUGUGCCCCAUCCCGCCCAAGAACCAGAAGUUCCAGGCCGUGGAGGUGGUGCUCACCCACCUCGCCCCCCACACCAAGCACGAGACGUGGUCGGGACAGAUCAUCGGCUCCUAGGCCGACGGGGAGCCGGGGGCGGGAAGGCGGGCCGGGGGGGUGGGCCGCACGAGGGCCGGGGGACGGGGAGGGUGACGGUGGGAAGGGGCGAGGAGGGGAGGGAGGCGUUUUCGCGUGCCGCUCCGGGCUUCCCCUCGUCCUCCCGGCCCCCCGGCCCUGACCCGUGUGGCUUUAUGCGCCGUCUCUGUUUCUUCCCGUCGGGACUGUGGUCCAGGCGGUGAGGGGGCAGAUGGCGAGGCCUCCCCGGGCAGCUGCACCUUCCGUCUGCCCCGCUGUCACCCGCGCUGCUCUGGCCUAUGAUUCCCCCCGCUGCCCUGGGGAAUGGCUGCGCGCUCUCCCCGAGGAAGAAGCGGCUUCCGCUCUUAGGGGUGAGGGGACCUUUUUCCUGCUUCCCAGAAGGAAGGGAGAUGCCAGAGGUGGGUCGGUAUCCCUGCGGAAGCCCUCCUUGAGGCCAGGAUCUGUUUUUCCCCCCUCUUCCUCUCGCCUCUGCUCCACCCAGCUGGCUCCCCGGGAGGGCUGGCUGACUGCUCCCCCCAGCCCCCGACCCACCUCCAGCUUCCCAAGAACUCGUGGUCAGAGGCUGCCCGGCCCCACCCUUUUCGGUGCCUCUUCCUCUCCCUUUCCAGGUUUUCCUGAGUUCGUUCCCCUGCUCCCCGACUCUAGUGGCCGUGACCCUUCCUUCUUUCCCAUCUCCAGCCCCACCCCACCAUGGUCGAAGGGGAGGGGGCUGGGGACCAGGGUCCGGGCCUUCAGUGCUGCAGAAGUGAGGCCUGCCCUGCUCAGCUUGGGUGUCCGUCAUUAAAGUGCGGGAACAUCCCCCCAGAGCCCCACACCCGCUCCGGGAAUUAUCUGAACCUCCCGCGACCUUCCUGAUCUGGAUGGAAUCUGCUUCUUUUCCAGAGGAAACUUAACGCAACCCUCCCACCCCCUAGUAUUUAUUUGUAACCGGUGUGGUGGUUUUCUUUAUUCGGGGGAGAACCUCCCCACCCCCUUCCUGGGCCCGCGGGCUCUCGAUUGUACUCCCGGUCUCCCACCGACCCUCCUCCCGCGGCCUUGUGGUGACGCUUGUUCUCCCUCCCCACCGCCCUCCUGCUCCUCCUUGUUCCUGAUGGCGCCAUCGCUUUGGUCGCCGUGGUAACGGCGCGCUGAAGCGACGGGGCGGCCUCGGUCGGGGAUGUGGCAGGGUUUGUGUUUUUGUCUCUGAAGCGAAAAGCUGGGACCGGCCCCUUCCCCUCUUCGUUCCCCUCCCCCUAGCAGUCGGAGCAUCCCCCAGCCUCCCUCCGUCUCGCGGGCGUCGCACCGCUGGGCCUGGGGGAGGGAGUAGAGCCGGGGACCGCCUCCUCGCCCACUCCGGCAUCCUCCUCGCCUGCUCGUCUUCCUGCUUCAGGCCAAGCUGGGGGUCCAGGCUACUCGAGGAGGGCAGGGGUGGAGGAGGAGACAGCAACGGAGGCGGCUGGGCCUCUUGUAGAUGGAACAGGGUGUGAACCGUAUUUCCUCUGCUUAGCACCUCCAGUGUGUGUGCGUGCGUAUAUGUGUGUGUGUUGGGACAGUGUCAUUUCCAUUCUCAGUCCUUGCUGGGUGGCAUCGUGUGGGCCCUCAUCUAGAGCAGGGCCUGGGGGCUGUGGCUGGGAACCCAAGCCUGUGGCCCUCUACCUGGUCUCAUCUCUUGAGAAAUAGAAGGGGGUCCUCCCUGACCAAACUCCCAACGAGUGAGGGGCUGGGGCCGAGCUCGCCCCCCCACCCUUGACCAUAGCUUGGAACGGCUCCCCUCCAGCCCCCUGACCCCGACUGGAACCGAAAGGCUCUGUGAUCCCAGCCUCGGACCUGCCCGGGGCCAAGCUCCUCUGCCCUGGAUGGGCCUAGGGGAGUUGGGGGUUAGGUGCCUCUAGUCAGCCUGGCUGAAGGGCUGGGGGUUAGCCGGCCGGAGAACGGGGAGCCACGGGGCCAAGAUCUCGAGCUGGGUAGGGGGGUGAUUACCCCCCGACUUUGUCUAGUUAUAGGACUUGUAUGGGAUGGAGUGGGGUCUCCAGGGCCCUUUUUCCUCUCUCUCCACUUCUCCUCCCCCAUCCACCCACUUACCCGUAGGUUUCCCCACCGCUGACCGAGGCAGGCGCAAAUCUCCCGCUUCCUUCCCCUCCACCGGCCCGUCCUGCUCCCCUGCCCCCCCAGCACCGCUCCACCCUGUGCCCGUUGUGGGUGGCAGGCGCCCUUUCCUCUGGUCCUAAACUAGGGUGCUGCCGGUGGACCCCCUCCUUUAGAGAGUGGAUGGAAACGCGGCUCCUCCCCACAUUGCUUUCCCCCCUGACCCCCACACCUCCACCGAACCGUUGUGUGUCCGUGAACCCUCGGUGUGGUUUCUGCCCAGCUGCCCUGAUGUCGACCUUUGUGACGUUGGCAAUAAACCAUUAAAAGUGACUUUCCCAUGA